CUUAUAGCAAGCGCUCUACACAGUACGUCGCAGCUAGGUACGACAGGCACCGGGCGAAGGCUUCUUAGAUAGAAUUAUACUGCAGGCCAUCCAUUUUUUCGGAGCGCACUAACAACAAAACAUGUCGAGUUCCAGCGUUAAGAUAACGAAGAAAACGGAGAGCAGCAGCUCUUCUGGUGGGGGCCAGAUGGGAGGUGGGGGUGGGGGUGCCAAAACCAUGCACUACGAGAGCUCCGCUUCUUCGUCGUCUUCUUCUUACAAACCUGUCGCUAGUCGCCACGGAAGGUAUGGCAAAGGACCCGUGUUUCCCGGCAUAGGCGCCGGUGGCGCUGGCGCGGGUAUGUCCAGGCAAGUCGUGGUCAGUUAUGGAUACGGUGCCUCCAGAGGCUCCUCUGCGAUCAGCAGCAACGCGGCCGAUAACGUGGCCAAAACACGCGAAAGGGAAAAGCAAGAUAUGCAAGAUCUGAAUGAGCGUUUUGCAAGCUAUAUCGAGAAGGUACGCUUUUUGGAGGCCCAAAACCGCAAACUUGCUGCGGAGUUGGAGAAUCUAAAAGCGAAAUGGGGAAAGGAGACCGCCUCCAUCAAGGUUAUGUUCGAGGGGGAGAUGACGGAAUUGCGCAAGCAGAGAGACGACGCUGACACUAGGUACAGAGCGUUGGAGGCCAAGUUGGCGGGUCUCGAGGAGCAGAUUGAAGACUUGCAAAGAGAGAAUGCAGAUCUGCUUAAUCUCCGCAACCAAGACAAAGACGAGAUCGAGAGGAACCACCAGACCCUUUCUGACUACGAGUCCGAAAUCAACCUUCUGAGAAGACGCGUGGACUUCAUGGAGAGAGAACUGGACGUCGCCAAGAAGAACGCCGAUAAAUGGAGAACCGCCUGCCAACAGAAGCAGAUGGAACUUGACGCUGAAACCCUGGCCCGUAUCACUGCCGAGAAUGAGAAGCAGACCGCUGAAGAGGCCCUGGAGUUCCAGAAACAGAUCAAUGACCAGGAAAUGAAGGAGCUGGCGGCUCUUGCAUACAGAGACACCACCCAGGAAAACCGCGAGUUCUGGAAGAGUGAGAUGGCACAGGCUCUUAGAGAAAUCUCCCAAGAGUACGAAAGCAGAAUGGAUAACGCUAAGCAGGAAAUGGAAGCCUUCUACAAUGUUAAGAUCCAAGAACAGCGCACUGGUGCCAAUCGCCAGAACAUGGAACUGGUCCACACCAAGGAAGAGAUCCAGAGACUGAGAAGUACCCUUAGCGACAAGAACAGAGACACAUCCGAUCUCCAGAGCCAGAUUGCCAACCUGAAAAAUGAUUUGGACAUGAAGUGUCGCGAGCUCGACGAACUUCUCCGUGAGAACGAAUUGGACAGGUCCAGACUGCUGACAGAAUUGGAAGAACUGAGGGCAGAAAAUGAAAAGAUCAUGGUUGACUUUAACCACAUAAGUGAUGCCAAGUUGUCCUUGGAACUCGAGAUUGCUGCUUACAGGAAACUUCUGGAAGGAGAAGAGAGCAGGAUCGGUUUGAGAAGUGUAGUUGAACAGGUUAUGACCGGCUCCGAGUCUAUGUCUGCUGGCGGUGGGAUGUCCGGUGGCAUGUCCAUGUCAGGUGGUAUGUCCGGCGGUAUGCAAAUGGAGAGAAGUUCAGCGACGUACGCGUCACGCACCUCAACCAUGAGUGGUGGUGGCGGCGGUGGGUCGUCUACGGCAGAGUUCGUCAUCCAAACAAGCGGUGGUCAGGGUGGUCCGAUUGUAAUGUCCAGCUCAGACAUGUCACAACAAGCGUAUCAAAUGCAAUCUGGUUUACUUCCUGGUGAAUUUGAAGCUUCCCAGAGCACGGUGAAGGGUGAGAUGUCCGCCAAGACAACGUUCCAGCGCAGUGCUAAGGGCCCCAUCACGAUUAGUGAAGUUGAUGCCCAUGGCAACUUCAUCGAGUUGGAGAACACUAGCAGAAAGGAGGAAAAUCUCAACGGAUGGAAAAUCAGACGUAUGGUUGAUGGCAAAGAGAAAGAGGCCUUCGUUCUACAAAACGUUCUGUUGAGCCCACACCAGAAACUGAAGGUAUUCGGUCAUGGUAAAUCGGGUGGCGCUCCCGGUCUGGAGAGCCAAGACUUCGACCAAUGGUCCCUUGGCAACAACAUCCACACUAUGCUCGUCGAUAUGAAUGGUUCGGAGAAGGCCUCCCACAUUUCAAAGACCACCUACUCAUAAAGCGCUGCUGUCAAUGCAACCAACACAUCGUGGAACAAGGUGAAAGGGAAACCGUAGAGAGAGAGACAGAGAUACUUGUCAUGCUUAACGCUGUCAACGUAGUUAACACAGUCGUAACAAUAUUCUUCGGUGCUUAUUGCUUACGAAAUAGUGGAUUAGACUGCCAAAUAUGUUAUUCUAUGCGAUGAUUUCAAUAUAUAUAUUCAUAUACAUAACCAGAAAGAUGUACCAGAACUUAUUGAGUCGGGCGACUCACCAUGAUCCGUUUCCCAGCCCAGGAUGUAAACUGUUUAAGUAUUUUUGCCACUGCCAUAAUGAUAUAGCCAACGCUGUGAGGAAGGAUGAAUGACGCAUAUAUGUAUUAAACUCGAGGAUACAAGGAGGGAUCAACCGACCACAUAUGCCAUGAUGCCCAUUUCGCUGGUGGUGGGUGAAUAUCAAGAAAUAGUGAUGUGCACACGAAAUCUCUAUUUUAAAGUGGAUUAGAAAGAUAUGCCGGAGUUAUACGUAGCUGCGCUGACUGCUGUAGAAGUCACUUCUCAAACGUUGACAAGACACGGUUAUAUAUAGCGUAUAUAUAAUUAUAGAGGCAUUAGGUUCAGCUAUACCAUUUAUAUAUUAUAUAGGCAGCGAUGGAAAUAUAGUUGAAUGGUUAUGUGAUGAAGUGAAUAUUCAAUGCGUUUUGGUUGGAUAUGCAUUCAUCAUGUGACCAUGUAGACGGUAGUUUCGCUUCCUAUGUUUUAUUCAACCUUAUUUUUUCAUGUAUAACUCUAUGAAUUGUUUUUAACUCUUUUCGAACUUUUAAGCAUUUUUUACUUUCCAUAUUCACAAUAUUUGAUGUGGACAAUAAUAUGUAGUUGUGUAUGUCAGCUGCUGUAUGCACGCGUGAAAAAUGAUAUUGUGUUCGUCAGUAGUCUUGUGUUAUAGAAAAGCAUAACGAUUACGAAAAUGCAGUAUGUUAUAAUCGGUGGAGGAUGAAUACAUUUUUACCUUUUUGUGCUUUAUACAUGUUUAUUUGUUAGUCUUCAAUUUCCAAUUUAGAUACACGCUAUCAAACGUGCUAUAAAACAAAUCUGAUGGAUUCCAAAGCACGGUGAACACAAAACUGUGAUUCACGUGGUUGUGUAACUUUUUACACGCGUUUGUCGUUAAGGUGUACGUUUUUACACGCGUUAGUCGUAAUAGGGUGUUGACACUCUGAGCGGUGGAUGUGAUUACUGGCGACACAUUUUUGAAUGGGAAUAAAGUUCGUCAAUAAAUGAGCUUGAUAAACAACUGGAAAAAAGA